CUCGAAGUAAUCUAAGCAAAACCACUUUAUCCGAUUUUUCAAGAUACAAUAUAAUCUUGAUAGUUUUUAAUUUAUUAGAAUCAGAUAUCUUAAUUAGAUUACGCUUAAUUUCACCGGCUUCUGAACCUCUUUAUUUAAUUGAACGACUUUAUGAAAUCCUAUGUUAUCCAAAUGCAAAAAGUUCUAUUCAAAAUAAUCAAUACAAUCGAUUUUUACAUGAUUUAUUAGAUCAUGUUCCUAGUAUUUAUCAUCUUAUUUUAUCUUUUUCUAAUACACUUCGACUUCCAUCCGAAGGAGUGAAUAAACUUACCGAAAUGAUCAGUAUACUUGAGAAUACGAAUCCAAAAUGUUCAAAACAUCAAAACAAAUCAAAAGUAUCUAUCGAAAUGGAUUCUGAGUAUUCGAAAAUAAUUGAUCAAAUCUUAUCUGUCUUACCUGAAAUCGAUCGAGAGAUGGUUAUCUUGGAUGUAGAGCGUAGAAUAGAAUAUCAAGAUGAAAUAGAAGGUCCUGCUCGAUUUAUUGAUGAUCACCUUUCUGGUAGACCUCAUGAAUUACAAGUUGAAGAAGAUCAUCAGUUAUCAGAGAUCUUAGAGUCAAGGAAGAAUAUAUUUGAUGAUCAUCAACUUGAUCCUAGUUUGUUAAGAACAGGCAAGAACAGAUUGAAUGAAAAUUCGAUCAUGGAUGACAAAUCACACUUGACAGAUGAAGUUCGAGCCAAGAUCAAAGCUAGAGCAGAAGCAGUCACAUCAGAUGAAGAAGAAGAGGACGAAACAGAUCAAAGAGCCCCCUUGAUAAUUCUCGGCGAUUCAGAUGGAGAUGAACCAGGAGGAAAAAAUCAGGUUAUGAUUGAUAUCUUCUCUGAUGAUGAUGAAGCUUUCUUACCGACAAAAGUGGGAUCAAGAGCAUUAAGAGAAGGAGUCGAAGAUGAAUCAGAUGAGGAAGAAGAAGCUCCAAUUCAAUCCAAGAAUGAAAGCCCUAUACUGACGACCAACACGAAUGGAAAUAUCCUAAGUCAUCGAGCAAAUCAACCUAUCUUAUACAAAGCUUAUUUAGAGAAUCCUGAAGUCUUUAAUCGAUCAUCACGUGGAAGUCAGCCAAGGAAUCGGUUGAAGGAGAAAUUAGAAGGUGGGAUUGUAGCUGAUGAUUUAUUAGAAAGUUGGAGAAUAAUGUUUGAGCGUAAUCCUGAAAAGGAUAAGAUCCUAAGUAGGUAUGCGUUUAGGAGUGAAAGUCAAUCUUUUCAAAAUGAUGAAUCAACCGAAACAGAAUCUGGACCAUCUCAUCAACAUCAGGAUCAAGAUCAAGGUGCGAAAACUUCUAAUAGAGGAGGUGGUGGCAGAGGUGGCAGAGGUGGUAGAGGAAACGGUGGAAGAGGGAGAGGAGGGGGUGGAGGUGGAGGUGGAGAUGGAGAUGGUGGAAGAGGUAGGGGAAGAGGAAGAGGUAAGAAUAGUAGUAAUAAAUUGGCUCAUGAUAGGAGAGUAAGAGGUAGAGAUAAAAAAUUAAAACAAAUGGCAGGCCCUGGAUGAUUGUCUGUAUUCUUAAAAUGUCAUGAGAUCUUGAUAAUCUGCAUUUAAGAAUAUAUAUUUUUAUCAUACUUGGAGU